AUGCAGUCAGACAAACACCUCAGCAACGUACAGGCAGCGGGACAAACACAACAUGUGCACAGCACACACACACACUCCACACACAGCGGGGGCUCCUCUGUCAGAGACACAGCAGGCGAUCAGGUGUACGGACACACACACCCCGAAGUCACGCAGCCCCCGGAAAACACACCGGCCUACCCCAGCCAUCCCUCCUCCCAGGCUGCAGAGAAGCUACUACCUGGCCCACUGCAGGAGUCUGCCUCCUCAACUCACACUGCUACACAGCAUAGGUGGGGAGCAGUCUUUGGAUAUGCAUCAACUAACAGCAGAGGAGCCAGUUGCCCCAGAAUCAACCCUGACCCCCCUCCCCUCUCCUCCUCCCUCCUCCUCACCAUCCCCUUCUCCAUCCCCCUCUCCCCUGUCUCUCUCCCCUCUCCCCCUCCUCCCCUGUCUCUCUCCUCCUCGUCUCCACUCUACCGUGGUGUGUUCCGGUGCCUGGUGUGUUUCAGUUUCUCCUCUGACAGUUUGGAGUCUCUUGGGUCUCACCUGAGUGCCCCCCGCUCCCUGCCCCAGUCUGAGUGGCGCUGUCUGGUGGCCGGAGGCUGCUACUGCAGGCUGUGUGGCUACAGCACCCCCCUCACAGCUAACUUCACCCUGCACUGCCAGACAGACAGACACAGGGCCCGCUACCAGCUGGCUGCCCACCUCUGGGAGAGAGGGGAAAAGGGGGAGGCUGUGGACUGGGAGGAAGUUGGGAAGUUGGUUGCUACAGGCAACCUGGUCCAGCUGAAGUGUAACGUGUGUGACUUCCAGACCAGCAGCUUGGAGAAACUGAGAAUACACAGUGUCAACUCCCAACACCAGGACAGCCUCAGAGUCUACAGGUUCUUAGAGCAGUAUGACAGUGCAGUAGCUGGAGGCUCCUUGUCGUUCCACUGUGUCUUGUGUAAUUACUCCUCCCGCUCUAAACUCCACCUACUGAGACACACCCACUCCACGGGUCAUCAUAAGAGGGAGGAGCUUCACCGCUUGCAGAUUGUGAAAAGGAGGAGCCUGAAUAAAGGAGAGGAGCUAGCUGCCAUCUUCAGCAUCAGGAAGUGUACCAGUCCUGAGAUGGAUGAAAGCAGUGAGGAGGGGGAGAGGAGAGAUUCCUUAUCCCCAGCCAAGCGAUCAUUCUCUUGGCUGGAGGAGACACAGAGCCCCCUCUCUCCCAAACGCCCCAGAACAGACAAGCACACCACUGACCAACAGACUACUGCCAAGUGCCCACUGUGCCAGGACACACUGGUACACACACACCUGAGACGUCACCUCACACUCACUCAUAGUGUGGCCCAGGACUGUGUGGACAAGCUCAUGAGCACUGUGGCAGUGGAGCUGCCAGAGAUUCUACAGAAAGAGACACUGCAGAGGGAUUCCCAUUCAAACGACUCCAACACAAACGAAUAUCAAACAAACGAUUCCAACACAAUGGACUUUUACGCAAAGGAGUCCCUCAGAAAUGAGUCUCAAUCAAACGACUCCCAUAUAAAUGAAGAAGAAGUGAUACCAGCCAAAGAUGUCCCUGCUCUGCCCACCCGUCCUUGUGAGGACCAGCAUCUAGCAGAGGACAACACCUCUCACCUCCCAGAGCCCUCUCCCUCCCUCAGCCACCUCCCUUCAUCUGCCUUACCCCCCUCUCCUCUCAGCGAUGCCCCUCCCUCCUCUGAUCGUCAUGGUUACAGGUUCCGCUGUGGCAGGUGCAGUCUAGCAUUCCGGACACAGGAGAAGCUGAAGCUGCACUGGCAGUACCAUGCCAUGAGGGCGGCGACAGAGUGCCACCUCUGCCCCAGACGCUGCCGCAGCCAAGAGGCCCCUGCAGAGACACCUGCUCAACACACACCUACAGGACCUACACCUACAGGGUACACACCCUGACCAGAGUGGAGCACACGUCCAACGACCAACCAGCCUGGAGGGGAGGAAGAGGAGGGGGAGAGUAUGGAGGAGGAAGAUGAGGAGGAGGGAAAUGAAGGAGAGGAGGAUGAAAAGGAUGACCCAGAUGAGGAGGAGAGGCCCAGUCCAGGGGUUAGUAAUAGUGACAAGGGUUCAGGGCAGCAGGGGGAGGAGACAGGGUCAGAAUCCAGCCCCCUCAUCAAGGGCUCAAAACCGACUCUGGAGCGGUUCCUGGACCCGGCUCGGCCCUACAAGUGUUCAGUCUGCUGUGAGUCCUUCACUCAGAGAACCAUCCUGCUGGUCCACUAUAACUCUGUGUCCCACCUCCACCGAGCCAAAGCCAGACGGGCCCUGCAUGACUGCAGCCCCAGUUAUGCUGACACCCCCGGCCUGGAACCAAGCCCCUACCGGUGCAGCCUGGCCUCUGACCCCAGGCCCUACCGCUGCAGAAUGUGUGGGGUGGCCUACAGCCAGAGCUCCACCCUGGACAUCCACCUCCGUUCUGUACUGCACCAGACACGAGCCCGUGCAGCUCGGACCCAGCUACCACUGAACCCCCACACUCACCAAACUCUAGCUCCAGCCUCAGCCUCAACCCAGCCUCCCCACACCCCAGUCCCAUCCUUGGUCCAAACCCAGACCCCUGCCUCCAGCCCUUCGCCUGGAGGAGAAGAGGCAUCUACCAGGGGAACCCCCCCAGCAGUCACCAGACCAGCCCCUGCCUCCCCAAGUCCCUGUUCCUCCCUGAGUGAAGCCCAGCUGAGUGUGGGUGUCUCCGGCCAGGUUAAGGGUCAACAGGCUAAGAGGAGGAGAGUAGAGGACCUGACCGCUUCCGCAGGACAGCAGGACCUGACGUUACUCCAACAGCAAUUAGCCCAGGCCCAGAUACAGCAACACACAGCCCUCCUCCAGCCCCAGAUCUUUAGUCCAACACUGCUCCCACACCUCCCCUUACUGCAACAUAACCUCCUAAAGCAGCACCUCCCUUCAGCAGCAGAGAUUCUCCAACACGGGAACCUCUUCCCUCCCCUCCCCUUAUCGCCAGACAGCCUAUUCUCUCUACAGCAGCAGCUGCUACUGUCCUUCUACCUUUCUGGAGGGCUGCUACUCAACCCCAACACAACCCUUAUGAACCAGACCAGCUCAGCUGUCUCCCCUCAGACCACCUCAGCUGUCUCCCCUCAGACCACCUCAGCUGUCUCCCCUCAGACCACCUCAGCUGUCUCCCCUCAGACCAGCUCAGCUGUCUCCCCUCAGACCACCUCAACUGUCUCCCCUCAGACCACCUCGGACCAACGCCCCCAGAUAGAGAGGCUUGGACCUCCCUCUCCACAGCCAGAGACGAAUAGAAUCCAGUUUCCAGCCCAUGCUCCGAAAUGUGAAACCCAGGCUGAGACCGCUGACAGUGACUCCCCCCUCCACCAGACAGAGAAAGAAUACAACCCAUCCUCCCCUCCUGAUGGAGAUGGAGAGAAGAACGGAGAGAUGCAGGAGAGUGAGAAGAAGGAGAGAGCAGAGAAGGCCCUCAGAGUUCUGUUGGAAAGAUACGGCUGGGAACUGGCCCUACAAAGCACUCAGAGCAGACAGAGACAGCAGAACAGAGAGAUGGAGGGAUGCCUGGAGGAGGAGGAGAAGCAGUGUGGAGAAUGUGGGAAGCUGUUCUCUGACUCUCUGAUCCUGAAGAGCCACCAGGAGUUUGUUCACCGCCAGAUGAUCCCUCCUGUAGUGUUGGAGAUGUUCUCCAGACAGUACAGGCUGCAGUACGACCGCCUCUACCCCCUCAGACCCUUCACACCGGGGGACACUGAGACAACUAUUGUUGCACCCCUAACCCCAGCUUCAGCACCUGCACUUGCACCUUUACCCUCAGCACCAGCCUCAGAUUCAACCCUCGACCAAGCCCAAUUCCUCUCCAUCUCCCAAACCUCAGUCCCAGCCCUUACCCCAGCUGCAACCCUAACAGCCAUAGACCCAGCUGUGCCCCCACCACCAGCAUCCGUAUCUGUAACCCUGUCCCCAGACCAAGCCCCAGUUAAUUUCCUCUCCCCAGUCCAAGCCAGAGCCUCACCAACACCCUCUCCUCCUCCACCCCCCCGCCAACCACAACCACUUUCAGAGCAGGACGGUACCACAACGACAACCACCCCUUGCCCUGACCCCUCUCAAACUAUCAUACACAAGCCCAAACUCUCCAUACCCCCCUCUCCCCUUACCCCAACUCCCCCUCCCCCGUCUUCCUUUAUCCAACCUCUCCUCUCUUCCCUUCCCCAUAGACCCCUCUCUCCUCCCCCUUGGUCUAAUGCAGCCCAUAGCCCUCCAGUCAAUGCUUCAGUACCAGUCCCUGUUAUCAUCCUGCCACCAACCACCCUUAUCCCUAUACACCAACACCCAUUCUCCCAGCUCUACCCACAUACACUACCACCCACUCUGCUCCUAGCCCAGCCCUGCCCCCAUACACUACCACCCACUCUGCUCCUAGCCCAGCUCUACCCCCAUACACUACCACCCACUCUGCUCCUAGCCCAGCUCUACCCCCAUACACUACCACCCACUCUGCUCCUAGCCCAGCUCUACCCCCAUACACUACCACCCACUCUGCUCCUAGCCCAGCCCUGCCCCCAUACACUACCACCCACUCUGCUCCUAGCCCAGCUCUGCCCCCAUACACUACCACCCACUCUGCUCCUAGCCCAGCUCUACCCCCAUACACUACCACCCACUCUGCUCCUAGCCCAGCUCUACCCCCAUACACUACCACCCACUCUGCUCCUAGCCCAGCUCUACCCCCAUACACUACUACCCACUCUGCUCCUAGCCCAGCCCUACCCCCAUACACUACCACCCACUCUGCUCCUAGCCCAGCCCUACCCCCAUACACUACCACCCACUCUGCUCCUAGCCCAGCUCUGCCCCCAUACACUACCACCCACUCUGCUCCUAGCCCAGCCCUACCCCCAUACACUACCACCCACUCUGCUCCUAGCCCAGCCCUACCCCCAUACACUACUACCCACUCUGCUCCUAGCCCAGCCCUACCCCCAUACACUACCACCCACUCUGCUCCUAGCCCAGCUCUGCCCCCAUACACUACCACCCACUCUGCUCCUAGCCCAGCUCUCACCCCCAUACACUACCACCCACUCUGCUCCUAGCCCAGCUCUACCCCCAUACACUACCACCCACUCUGCUCCUAGCCCAGCUCUACCCCCAUACACUACUACCCACUCUGCUCCUAGCCCAGCCCUACCCCCAUACACUACCACCCACUCUGCUCCUAGCCCAGCCCUACCCCCAUACACUACCACCCACUCUGCUCCUAGCCCAGCCUUGCCCCCAUACACUACCACCCACUCUGCUCCUAGCCCAGCUCUACCCCCAUACACUACCACCCACUCUGCUCCUAGCCCAGCCCUGCCCCCAUACACUACCACCCACUCUGCUCCUAGCCCAGCCCUGCCCCCAUACACUACCACCCACUCUGCUCCUAGCCCAGCUCUGCCCCCAUACACUACCACCCACUCUGCUCCUAGCCCAGCCCUGCCCUCUCUGAAGCGUAGGCUGGAGGAAGGGACAGAGGUUAGGCCUAUGAGUGAUGUGAUGGCCGGUGAUGGAGAGGAAGGGGGAGAGAGGGAGGGAGAGGGGGAUGAGCAGAGGCGGGAUAGGCGCCAGAGGACCACCAUCAGUGCGGAGCAGCUAGAGGUUCUGUACCAGCGCUACAGUCUGAACUCCAACCCAACCCGCUCUGUACUGGAGGGCAUCACCAGGGACACAGGCCUGAAGAAACGUGUGGUGCAGGUAUGGUUCCAGAACACUAGGGCUCGUCAGAGGAAGGGCCAGCUCCAGACCCUGGGGAGAGGAGGUUUAGGUGUGGGUCUGGGUGACAACCACAGGCGCUGUCCAUUCUGUAGGGCUUUGUUCAAGGCUCAAAGUGCCCUGGAUGCCCAUGUUAGGGCCCGCCACUGGUCCCAGACUGACAGACCUGCCUAUGGUCUGUCUCAUCAGAUAGGUUCCGCUGAUGACUUCAGCUUUUCUCACAACCAUGGAUCCUACAGAGACAGGGAGGGUCCCCCACUGCCCCUCCAGCAUUCUCCCUCUCUCUCCCACCAUCCUUCUCUCCCUUCCCCCCUCCAUCCCUCCCCGAACCCCUUUCAUCCCUCCCCAAGCCCCGGGGCCAUCCCCACUGAGAGAAAAUACAUUUCUGGGAAAACAGAUUUGACCUUUGACCUGAACGAACCCGACAUGGAAGAGGAGGAAGAGGAAGAAGGUCUGUCAGUAAAAAUAUUCCCUUCGUCUGACCAGGCUCAUGUGGGUAACCAUAGCAAUCUGUUGUCUCUGGGAUACAAAUAUGGGAUGGCAAGCUUCAACGUUCAAGACUGUGACCAGAACUCCAGUCCAAGUCUGUCUGAGAGUGUGGAUAGGCAUGGACCGAGACAGCAGCAGCAGCAGAGGCAGCGUACACAGAUGACCCCCCAGCAGGUGAUCAAGCUCAGAGCCUGUUACAGGGAGCACCCCACCCCCAGUCCCCUGCAGUGUGAGGGCCUGGGACGGCAGCUGGGGCUCCCACGCAGGGUGGUGCAGGUGUGGUUUCAGAAUGGCCGGGCCAAGGAGAAGAGGGCAAGGAGCCUCAGAGUUGACCCCACCACAGGAUAGAGGGAAAGGCAGCAGAGGACAGGGGAGAGAACGCACACAGCCAUGAACUAAGUGCACGUCACUCACAACAAUAAACCAACCGGAUGCCACAGAAGCCAAAGAGCAUUCUACCAGUGUACCUCACCCCUUAAUCAGCCCCAAAACAUCACAGGGCAGACCUCCUCUAGAGCUUUAAGACACCACUCCUGUGUUCCUCUCUCUCCUUUCCCCUCCUCUCCUGUCCUCCAACCGAUACCUCAGGAGUUAACCCCUCCAUGCCAACAGAUGUCCCUGUUCUGACAAUAGAAUCUGGAGAACCAGGACACAGUAGGUGCCCGUCUCACUUGUGUUUAAAGACUACUAGUGCAAGUAUCAAACUGUUCGAUGUUUUAGUGUAUAGAACGUUCUUUCAAAGUAUAAGAAAACUGAAAGAAACAAAAGCAGCUACGGAAAACAAAAAAUUCAAAUAUUCUUUACAAAGAGCAUCUGCAAAGACUGGCUUGGAUUCCAAAGCUCGUAACCAAAACCUUACAUGUCCGUGGAUUGUGUUGUCAACAUGGUGUUUUUCAUUUCCAAACCACAGUACAGCCCAUACAGUGAAGAGUAGAUCUGAGACUGGUGCGUAUCAAUAGACUGACUGGUCUAUGUGGUGCUGAAGCAGACCUCAACCUUCUCAAGCCAAUGAUGACUCUACUGCACAUGUACUGAACGCUCCUUAUGUGGAAAAUAGGCCAAAUAGCACUGAGCUAAGUCCACUUUGUCCUUUAUGUGAGAGGUCGUAUAAGAAGCUAUUUUGAUAACGUUCGACCAAUAUAUGUCACAACUUUAACCAAACACUACACAACAUUGUCUGUGUUUAGUAAAUGUUAAUGAAUAUGAAUACAAUGGAUUAACGGUCGUUAUUAUGCUUUGAUAUGACAAGUGUUAUUUUGUGGUGUAUGAGAACAUAAUGUAGGCGUUAUGAUGUGGAGUUGCCUUUUCUUCUUAUUUGAGUAAAUACCAGUAUGUUGUGUAAUAUAAUCCCAUGUAUACUAUACUCAGGCCAACUGAACUGUUUUUUAUUUGGUCCUAGUAAUGUACUAGUUUCUCUUCUGUUCCUAAUGCCAGACACAAAGUCUGUUUUGAAACCUUAUGAUGUAAAUAUUGACUGUUGAUAUGAAGUUCCUAUAAUGGUAGUUCUAAAGAAACCUCUCUGGAUUUCAGAUAUCUGAGCUUUCUGACCGAUAAUUGAUAGUUCCAUUAUUACAAUGUUAAAUGGUGUGAGGAGUAAAUUAAUGUACAGUAUGUAGCUUUUAUAUGGUCGACUCAGUCUCCCCUGAGACUGCCUCUGUUCUGACGGACCAUACUCACUGAGAGUUACUGACGUAAUACUGAUGAAAACUUUGGAUGUUGUGUGCACUUAACUCUCUCACACACUCUAACCGUCUUUCUUUCUCUCUCUCUUUUUCUCUCUCAUCUCUCCUCUUUUUGUUCUCUAAAUGUAAUAAUAUUACUGUAGUAAUAGUAACAGUAAUAACUAUGAUAAUAUUGAAUGCUUUAAAACACAACCCAAAGACAAUAACACUGUAACCAUCGAUGCAUAAAUGCCACAGAAAACAAC